AUGCCUUUCUGGCUCUCAGGGCUUUGCAUCCUGUUCUCCAUCUGCGUCCCACUACCCCUCCUGAAGGUCAUGCGAGACCAAGCUUUCAGGUUCAUCCUCGAGGAUCCUAAUGCGGACCCAUCGAGGAACAAUCAACGCAAGCGCGCGCGUCUUGUCACUGCCUGCGACUCGUGGUACGCGGCCGUUUCUUUGGUUCCUCAUCCAAGAACACGCUGUCGAUCCACCUACUCUGACCCUAGUCGUGCCAAAAAGAUCAAGUGUGUCACUUCGUCCGAGACCGGGGAAUCGCCCAAGUGCGAUGCUUGCGCGCUGGCUGCAACACCAUGUCUCUUUUCGGACAGGGAUCGGUACCACGCCGAGCGGGGCGUGUCGAUGUCGGAAAAGCCUCGCCUUGCAGUGGGCGCGAGCUCCGCAGGUGUGGAGGAUCUCGAGCCUACCAGACGAAGGAAAAGACAACACUCGUCCCCACUUACAAUUCCGCAACCAAAUGGCCCAGGCGGUUUCGGUUUCGGCUCAACCACUAGCCACGCUCACAACGAGGUCCAGUCCGAAACUUAUUCCCCUCCACACCCGGUCAGCGGCCGAGGAGCGCUCAGACGAAUCACAGUCCCUUUCUUCCGUUAUUUCGGACCAACGGCAAAUACUUCUGGGUACUGCAAGGCCCAAGUUCAUGCUCUCACACUGCCGGACGACGCCACGGCCACAGAUUCAGAUGUCGAUGUUUCUGCCUCCACGCCCUCGCAGACACGGGCUUCUUUACCCCCAUCCAUAUUGGGGACUUUGAACGAUUCAAACACAUACAAAAACGGAUUUGGCCCUGCAUUAGACAUGAAUUUUCCCAAUUAUCUUCCUGUUCACGCAGAUUAUUUUGGCGGCCUUCCAAUUGAGAGCGUGAAAACCAUAGAGCCAGCGAUCAACAGAACUGACUUAUUUGACCCUCAGCGAAUCCGCUAUCCAUCGUCAGAAUUCCUCAUGCACCUCAUCACACUCUUCUUUGAUCGUAUGGCCUGCCAUUUUCCAUUCUUGAAGCGUGAAACCAUAGUGGCCAAAGUCAGAGAAGGAUCAUUAUCCGCCAUUCUGGCGAAUUGCAUAUGCGGCCUCGCCGCGCGAUUCAGUGACAAAGAGAGGCUUCUGGUCGGGGGAUCCAGGGGCUCAGCUGGUGAACCUUACUGUGAUAUGGCUAAGUCACUGUUGGUUCAUAUGCUCUCCUGGCCGUCACUGGAAAUCCUUCAAUCGCUAAUUCUUAUAGCAUGGGCAGAGUUUGGGAGUGGGCGCGAUAGCGGACUCUGGAUGUACAGCCGAAUGGCUGUGGGUAUGGCUAUGGAUCUCGGCUUUGGAUUCGAGACCACCGUUCAAAUGGCUUCCAGCAAUGAGGAUCGGGAGGCCGUACGGCUGACAUGGUGGGCCGUCGUAUUGAUUGACAGAAUUAAUUCCUGGGGUACGGGGCGGCCUAUCGCCAUCCCCGACAAUCAGUUUGACACUGCACUGCCCUCCUGCGACCCUUCUGUGGGAGAACAUUUCACCAGGGCACCGCCAGCAUCCUUUGUAUUUGGGAAUUUAUGUUGCCUUGUGCAGCUGCGUGGGAAGAUGGGUGACAUUCUGAAUAAUCUCGUCAAACGGAAAGCUUCCGAACAUCCCGUUGAUGUGGAGCUCUCGGAACUCCAGUCCCAAAUGGUCAACUUUUACCAAUCUCUCCCGCCGUCUCUGGUCUUCACCAUUCAGAAUUUUCGGAGGUUUUCAAACGACAAUCAAGCCGCCACCUUCCUAUUGAUGCAUCUAAUGUUCCACUCAGUGAUUAUUCUUCUCCAACGGCCUGCCUUAUUGCGGAGUUUUUCUCCCAACGUAACACUCCCCAUUGCAAGUAAUGUCGACCUAAGUCGUUCGUCUGCGCGUUCCAUUGUCGACAUGGUGCUGUUAGCGAACGAAGUCGACGAGAAUUCCCUAUUGGCGAAUCCGUUCUUGGAUUUACCAAUCCUUGCGGCAGCGCGCGGCUUCCUGGCGGAGAGGGAGUUAGUGAUGAAGCCCCCAUCAAGUACUUCAUCUAUGGUGCAUAUGCAUCAGCUUCAAUGGAGCGAGAGCAAUCUCGGAAAAUGUAAGGAGAUACUCGCUAGGAUGAGUACCUAUUGGGAAGGAGUUGGAGUCGUCAAGAGGAUCCUUGAUCAACAAAGUUCUGGGGUGUUUGAUUUUGACGUUGGGGAAGGGAACCAUCCAGAUAGCCGAUUGACUCACCUUCGAGACGUCGAGCUCAUGAAGCAAUGGGCAACUUCCUCAUGGUGUCGUCAUAAACCUCACGGACAUAGUGGUGGCGAUGGUUCAAGGUCCCACUCUGGUGGAAACAGCUCCCCGAGAGGACCGGCCCCACACACAGUUCACACGCGGCUUACUGUCCCCCCCUUGUUACCCCUAAACCACAACAAGGCGCAGUAUGGAAGCACACCAAUAAACGUGGAUGCAGAACGAAGCCUAGACCCGAACAACAUCAGUGAUACCAUGUCGGUUUCGGACGUUCCAGAAGGUGCGGCGUUGGGUAUCACCGGUUUCCUUGACGGAGCCCUUGUAUUCGACAGUGGCACGCCGUUCGGAAUUGAUGAUGAGUCCGUUCAAAAAUCAGCCGGAAGCAACAUGUUACCAAGCAUUAAUGGUAAUUCAUCUUCUGACCUCGCCAUGCUUCGAGUUUCGUUCAAUGCAGCCGAAGCGGAUCUAAGUUUUGGCGACCGUUUAUCCAACGAACUCUUCAAUAUCCCUGAGGGAUUUGAGGAAUUCCUCGGCAACUAUGCAGACCACUUUGUUGCCUCUUCACCGCCUUCUGCGAACGGAGAAAGCGACCCUUUUUUAUCACGUCAACAUGGGAGUGCAGUUCAAGCGGUUGGCAGGAUUCAGCGAACGGAUGUGAACACUGCUUUGAGCAAGACUGGGCCACUGCCAGAUAUUGUGCCCGAAGCAUCUCAUCAUUUGUUCCCUUUCGCGUCUUUGGGGCUCCCGUUGGGACAAUUUUCUCGAACCCCAUCCCCCUGGCAAAAAUGA